AAUUGUGGAGGAGUAGAAUAUCGUAAACGACGUCGUAGAGUCCGAUACCGGAGAGCUCUAGCUGGCCGGAGAUCGGAGCUUAAAUAACAAGAAUGGGUUUCAGUUUGGGAUUCCUGGUCGGCAUCUUCGGAGUUCUAAUUCUAUCUCACGCUGCUUACUCAACUGUUCAGUAUAGGGGAUUGUUGAAGAUAAUGGAGGAGGAGUUUUCAGGGCCUCCAAUCACUGUGGUGGCUGAAUUGGUUGUGGGAUUAGUGUUGAGUUUGUGGGCAGGACUUACUGUUCCGGGCACGUUUCUGUCGAUACAUCCCCAAUCUGAAGAGAAUAGGAUAGUUGCUCUACCGGCAAAUCUAGACUUUAUGGUCUUCAAUCAUCGUGGCAAGGUCUUUCCCAUGGAGAUGGAAUUGAAGCUGAAACAUUAAGGUCUUCAAUUUGUUCAAGCAGAACACUGUUUUUAGUUCAUUUUCUGGCAUUCAGAGAGAAGAAUGGCAACAUGUGCGCACAUGAUGAGCACUGUCUCUACUUGUUCUUGUUUCCUUGGAGUCUGUUAAAUGUAUUUUGCCUUUACCUGUGUAGCGUCUAACCAUUGGAUAUCUGCUACCUUGGCCUAGUCAUUUACGGUAAUUUGAACCAGUUGCUUUUC